AUGAAACAAUCACAACAUAUUGACAGAUUUCUUCAUAAGCAAACAUCAGAAGAGAUUGAAAAGAAUCGAAUUCGACUAGGGGCAUCUAUAGAUUGCAUUAGAUGGUUGACAUUUCAAGCUUGUGCAUACAGAGGACAUGAUGAAAGCCAAAGUUCAAGCAACAGAGGUAACUUUUUGGAAAUAUUGAAAUUUUUGGGAUCUUACAAUGAAAGAGUGAAAAAGAAUGUUUUGGAAAAUGCUCCAAAAAAUGCUAAGUAUACUUCAAAUGAUGUCCAAAAAGAAAUUCUACAUAUUCUUGCUACUAAGGUGAGAAAUUCAAUUAGAGAAGAGAUUGGAGAUGCCAAAUUUUGUAUUAUUGUUGAUGAAGCUAGAGAUGAAUCUAAAAAGGAGCAAAUGGCCAUUGUUUUGAGAUUUGUUACUCUAGAUGGUUUUGUUAAAGAGAGAUUCUUUGAUCUUGUGCAUGUCACUGAUACUUGUGCAACAACUUUAAAGAAUGAAUUGAUUUCUGUCCUUUCUCAUUAUAAUCUCCAAGUUGAAAAUAUUAGGGGUCAAAGGUAUGAUGGUGCUAGCAACAUGCGGGGUGAGUGGAAUGGUUUGCAAGCUUUGUUUCUUAAAGAUUCUCCACAAGCAUACUAUGUGCAUUGUUUUGCUCAUAGGUUACAAUUAGCAUUGGUAGCAGCUUCAAGAGAGGUACUUCAAAUUCAUGAAUUUUUUACUCAAUUAAACUCUAUUGUCACUAUUGUUAGUGCUUCUUCAAAAAGACAUGAUCAAUUACAAGAAGCUCAAGCAAUUGAAAAUGCAAACUUGGUUGCUCAAAAUGAAUUAGAAACAGGCAAAGGUGCGAAUCAAAUAAGCACUUUACAAAGAGCUAGGGAUACUCGAUGGAGCUUUCACUUUAAUUCUAUUUGCAGUUUGGUAAAAAUGUUUACUGCUACCAAUAUUAUUCUCAAUAAUAUCAUUGAAGACGGGACAACUUAUGCACAAAGAGGUGAGGCUUAUGGUGUUAGUAAAAUAUUAUUGUCAUUUGAAUUUGUUUUCACUUUGCACUUGAUGAAAGAGAUUAUGGGAAUCACUAAUGUUCUUUGCCAAGCACUGCAACAACAAUCUCAAGAUAUUCUUAAUGCAAUGCAUAUUGUUUCUACAUCAAAGUUACUUCUUCAAUAA